AUGUCUCCUAGAGCCACAUCACUCGUAGAAGAGGAAGGAGCAGAUGUGGAUGGAGCAGAACAAGAAGGAGCUGAACGGGAGGGAGGAGCUGCUGAAUCCGACUUCUGUGACCUAAAAUGUGCCUCGCUACGUUUAACAGUAGCUCAGCUGAAGCGUCUUAAUCUAAGUAGAGUUCUACCAACUGAUUUUGGAAAUCUUACUAAUCUACAAGAACUGUCGCUUUCAAGAAACCAGUUAAGUGGUGAAAUUCCUAAGGGAAUUGGUGAGAUUGGUUCACUUAAGGAGCUGGUUUUGGAAGCUAAUCAGCUUGAUGGACAUCUUCCUGAAAACCUAGGAAAUUUGAGCAACUUGAAGAGACUAUGCAUCUUUCUACUAGAUCGUGCAUUGAAGAUACAUCUUUCUACUAGAUUGUGCACUGAGAAUAUUAAUGGAGUUGAAAACUUUCUUGAGUAUGCAUUUAAACAUUCAAUAGAUGGAGAUAUGAAAAUCAACUAUCCGUGUAUUGAUUGUAGCAAUAAGUAUCGUAGGACUCGGGAUGAGGUCCAGUAUCAUCUUUUAUUUAGGGGUAUAAGGAGAGAUUAUACUACUUGGUACCUUCAUGGGGAAGGUGAUAGUGAAGAGGAAGGUGAUAGUGAAGUGGAAGGUGAUGAUGAUGAUGGUAUGCUAUAUGGUGAUAUGUUUGAUAUGAUCAAGGAUGCUUAUCCACAAGUGGUGUGUGGUAGGGAAUCAAGUGGAAAUGAACCACAAGAGCCAAAUGGAGAUGCAAAGAAAUUUUAUAGAUUGUUGGAAGAGGUUAAAAAGCCUUUGUAUCCAAAUUGUGAAAAAUAUUCAAGCUUGUCGUUCAUAGUCAAGUUAUUGCACAUAAAGUGUGUAUCAUCAUGGAGCAACAAGUCCUUUAGUAUGUUGAUGGAGCUGUUAAAGGAUGCAUUUCCUAUGUGUGAGAGACUACCUAGCUUGAACUAUGAGGCAAAAAAGAUUGUCAACGAUAUAGGCCUCCAUUAUGAGAAGAUAGAUGCGUGCAAAGAUGAUUGUGCACUUUAUUAUAAGGAGUAUUUAGAAGCAACUCAAUGUCCAGUUCGUAAACUUUCAAGAUGGCAGCCAAAUAAGGGUGGUAAAAGGAAAAAUAAAAAGGUACCAUGGAAGGUUUUGCGGUAUUUUCCACUUAAAUCAAGGCUACAACGAUUGUUUAUGUCAACAAAGACUGCCGGGGAUAUGAAAUGGCACCAUGAAAAACAUGUUAAUGAUGGAGUGUUACGACAUCCAGCAAAUUGUGAAGCUUGGAAAAAAUUUAACCAAAUUCAUAAGUCAUUUGCAAUGGAUCCCCGUAAUGUUAGGCUUGGACUAGCUAUAGAUGGGUUUAACCCAUUUGUAAAUAUGAGUAUUAAAUACAGUGUCUGGCCUAUUAUCUUAUUUCCAUAUAAUCUUCCCCCUUGGAUGUGCAUGAAGGAGCCUUACUCAUUGAUGUCAUUACUUAUACCAAGCCCAAAAGGUCCUGGGAAUGACAUUGAUGUAUUCUUGAGGCCGUUGAUUGAUGAGCUGAAAGAAUUGUGGGAAGAUGGGGUGUGUACAUAUGAUGCUUCAACAAAGGAGAACUUUCAGAUGAGAGCAGCAGUGUUGUGGACUAUCCAUGACUUUACUACAUAUGCUGUUAUUUCUAGUUGGAGUACAAAGGGAAAUUUCGCGUGUCCUUGUUGUCAUAGUGAGACUACUAAUUGCAGGUUACGAAAUGGAUAUAAGAUAUGCUAUAUGGGACAUCGUCAUUUUUUGGCCUUAGACCACAAAUGGCGUAAUAAGAAGUCACAAUUUAAUGGUAAAAAAGAAAGGAAGACUUCACCCAAACGGUUAUCUGGUGAUGAUGUGUUAAAACAAAUUCGUCCGUUAAAGCCAAUUAUAUUUGGGAAAGGCCAGAAAAAGCAAUUUCUAGAAGGGCAUGGGCAGCUUCAUAAUUGGAAGAAGCAUAGCAUUUUUUUUGAAUUGCCAUAUUGGAGAACACUUUUGUUACGUCACAAUUUGGAUGUGAUGCAUGUUGAAAAAAAUAUAUUUAACAAUGUGAUUGGGACAAUUACGAAUAUUAAAGAUAAAACGAAGGAUUCUUUAAGCACUCGUCUUGAUCUAAAAGAAAUGGGCAUAUGA